AUGAGGCUUCUCACACUCUCUCCUCUCAUUCUCCUAGUAAAUGCAGUUCAUUCAUUUGAUUCGCAGACCCCAAUUAUCGACGAAUCAUUCUCAGGCUCAUUAUCCCUCCUCAAACUUCACAAAUCCCUUGUCGAAAUUGAAUCCACUUCAGGAAACGAACAUGAUGCCGGCGCAUUCCUAGUUUCUUAUCUAAAGAAGCAGAAUCUUACAGUGGAAAUACAAGAUGUCGAUUUCGUCGAAUCGUCAUCUUCGGAUAAGAAGCGCCAGAAUGUGCUAGCAUACAUUGGAGACAAGAGACGAACGAGGACAUUAGUAACAUCACAUAUCGAUACCGUGCCUCCUUAUUGGCCAUACGAACGAAGAGGUGAUGAAAUAUGGGGUAGAGGAAGUGUAGAUGCAAAGGCGAGUAUUGCGGCUCAGAUUAUUGCAUAUCAAGACCUUAUUUCGGCGGGCAAGAUCGGUGAAGGGGAUGUUGCGCUUUUGUUUGUGGUGGGCGAGGAAACAUAUGGAGCUGGUAUGGGGCAAGCCAAUGAGCUGGGUCUCUCAUGGGAAACGGUCAUUUUUGGCGAACCUACGGAACUGAAAUUGGCGGCUGGGCAUAAGGGUAUUAUGAGCAUACAUCUUACAGCGAAGGGCAAAGCUGGACAUUCAGGAUAUCCUUCACUAGGAAGAAAUGCCAAUUCGAUGUUGAUACCGGCGCUUUAUGAGUUAGGAAGAAUGGACUUGCCGUGGAGCGAGAAGUAUGGAAAUACCACGCUGAAUAUCGGAAGGGUUGAGGGAGGCGUUGCGGCAAAUGUUAUUGCGGAAGACGCAAUGGCGAAGAUUGCUAUCAGGAUCGCUGCUGGUACGCCACAGGAGAUACAAAAGCUAGUUUUGGAUGUUGUGGAGAAGACUGGGCAGGAUUUAAAGGUUGAGUUUACUCAAGGGUAUGGACCAGUGCAUUGUGACACUGAUGUGGGAGGUUUUGAUACCAUCACAGUCAACUACGGUACUGAUGUUCCAAACUUGAAAGGAGACCACAAGAGGUAUCUCUAUGGACCUGGAGAUAUUUUAGUGGCUCAUUCCGAUCACGAGCAUUUGAAAAUCUCUGACCUCGAGGAAGCUGUUAGGGGUUACAAGAAGCUCAUCGAGCAUUCGCUGGCUUGA